GCUCUUAACCGGCCUCGUGCGCGUGUCGCAUAGCACGAACCGCCAAUUUUUCCUUCUGAAGCACGGGCAAGGCAAGGAACCGAUUCGAAAGCCAAAAUGGCGGAUGAGAAAACCUCGCCAGAGGUGGCAGCCACGCCUCCUGUGACCACCACCCACGACGCCCAUGAUGCCCAUGAUGAACCUAUUACACGGGCGGAUGGGACAAUUACGCGACCGUCGGGAUGGAUGUACAGGGGCUUCAAGGUCGGGAAAACCGAGGUCUGGUACGCUUCGCCGAUUGUCCAGUUGAUCAUGGUCUCCAUGGUGUGCUUCCUCUGCCCCGGUAUGUUCAACGCCUUGGGCGGUCUCGGAGGCGCUGGCAUGAAGGACACCAAGGCCCAGGACGAUGCGAAUACCGCCCUGUACAGCACUUUUGCCGUCGUCGCCUUCUUCUCCGGCACCAUCGCCAACAUGCUCGGCGUCAAGAUGACCCUGUCGCUCGGCGGGCUCGGCUACUCCAUCUACGCCGCCAGCUUCCUCUCCUACGUCCAUACCCAGAAUACGGGGUUUGUCAUCUUCGCCGGUGCCUUCCUCGGCGUCUGCGCUGGUCUCCUCUGGACUGCCCAGGGGACCAUCAUGAUGAGCUACCCCAGCGAGGAUCGCAAGGGUCGCUACAUCUCGUACUUCUGGAUGAUCUUCAACCUCGGCGCCGUCAUUGGCUCCCUGAUCCCUCUCGGCCAGAACGUCGAGAACAAGAGUGACACCGUCACGGACGGCACCUAUGCGGCGCUCAUCGCGCUCAUGUUGCUGGGCGCCAUCCUGGCCCUUUUCCUCUGCAACGCGAACAAGGUGCAGCGUGCCGAUGGUAGCAAGGUCAUCUUGAUGAAGAACCCAAGCUGGUCCACCGAGAUCAAGGGUCUGUUCGAGACCAUCACUCGCGAGCCAUGGAUCAUCCUCCUCUUCCCCAUGUUCUUCGCCUCCAACACCUUCUACACCUACCAAGGCAACUGCUUCAACGCCCCGCACUUCAACACCCGCACGCGCGCCCUGAACAACACGCUGUAUUGGACCAGCCAGAUCUUCGGCGCCAUCAUCUACGGCUACGCGCUCGACUUCGGCAAGACCCGCCGCUCCGUCCGGGCCAAGGCCAGCUUCAUCUCCCUCUUCGUCCUGACAUUUGUCAUCUGGGGAGGCGGAUAUGCGUGGCAGAAGGAACAGGCCCCUCGCUCGGUCACGGAGGACCCGGACUCGGGUUACCAGCCGGUUGACUGGGUGGAUGGCGGCAAGGCGUACAUCGCCCCCAUGUUCCUGUUGAUGUUCUACGGCUUCUUCGAUGCUGCCUGGCAGACUUGCAUCUAUUGGUAUAUGGGCUCACUGUCAAACUCGGGCCGAAAGGCUGCAAAUCUCGCCGGAUUCUAUAAGGGACUGCAGAGCAGCGGGGCUGCCGUUUUGUGGGCUCUUGAUGGGAAGAAAAAGCCUUUCAACACCAUCUUUGGUAUAACUUGGGGUCUCCUUGCCGGCGCGCUUGUCUGUGCGGCCCCUGUUAUCUGGCUUAAAGUUAAGGACACGGUGACUUUGGAGGAGGAUCUAAAGUUCAGCGACGAGACGGUCGAGGAUGUCAUUGCCCCAGAGGCCUUGGCGCAGCGGUACCAUGACGAGAAGCAAAUCGAUGCUUGAACGCUUGGACCCUGCAAUAGAACGAAUAUACCUGACUGUACUUUCCCUGUUUGACCGGGGCUUUCAAGGUGGGGGAGUAAUGGGGAUCUAUGAUUGUUGAUUCUGAUAUCCAAUACGGCUCAGGGGUUCAGGGGCAAACUUAUCACUAAACGAGUUUUA